AUGGCUGGGCAUCAAGAAUAUUACGGCAAUCAACAGCAAUAUGGAUAUCAGCAAUAUCCGCCUCAUCAGCAACAACCACAAUAUCCUCCUCAGUACCAAUACAAUGCGCCGCCUACAUACGCGCCAGGUUACCCACCUCAGCAACAUGUCUACCGACACACUCCUCGCCAAAACUGGGCUGUUACGACAGCGCGAUCAUUCAACAUUGUCAUCCCAGUGGUCAUCAUUAUUCUCAGUAUCUGGUGGUCCAUUAGAUCGUCGACGUGUCCCAACAAUGCGCCUAUCGGGCACGAAUGCUCCUGGCGGUUAUGGGCCAGUCUUCCAGUUGCAUGUGUUGCGCUUCUAUGGGCCGUCGUGAUGAACAUCUCUGCGCGCCGCGCAACGCACUCAAUGUCCCAUGUCCCUGGUGUCGUCAACGCAGCUGUAGAGCUCAUCAUUGCGCUCGGCGCUACGGCAUGCUUUUCGAUUCUCAUCUACCACAUUCAGAACUACGUUGUCUGGGGUAGGACCUCAGAGGCAAUAAUGAUUGCUAUGCUGGUGAUACUAGCGCUCGUCAGCUAUGUUCUUUUUGCGUGGUCGAUUUAUGAGAUGAGGUAUUAUCGAAAGCAGAGGGAGAAUGUGAACAGUCAUAUUCCCAUCUGA